UCUCUUCCGUUCUUCCACCACCUUCUCUCUCUCUCUCUCCCACGAACUUUCCCCUCUCUCUCCACUUCUCUGUCUCUCUCACUUAUUAAUCCUUCCCCACUUGUUUUUAUCUCCUUCCAUUCCUCUCUCCCAAAUGGAUGAAAAAUCCAAGAUUAUACUACUCAGAGGAAUUAAAACAUUUUUCUUCUUCAUUUACAUGUUGUUUUCUUUCCUCUUAUUCUCCGCCCCUGUUCUUCUAGUCAUUGCCGACACUCUCAUUCCCUCCUUGGCUUUUCUCUCCGCUUCUCCUGCUCCUUUUUCGUUGCCUACCCUUUAUUCCCUUCUCGCUGAAUACGAUUUUCGCAACUCUUUGAUCGAUAUUCCACUUAUUUCGAUCAUUCGAUCAGCUGUCAUACUAUGUGUUUAUAGCUUAUGCGACGGACCGAGACUAUCAAGAGGGCCUUAUCUGGCAGUAGUCACAAUUUGCUCUGUUUCGUCGCUUGUUUUUGUGUCGCUAAAGGCCUCGUACGUGUUUGACGAUUUGAGUUACAAUAUAUAUGAACAAGGCGAUUAUGUUGGAGCGAUGGAGAUUGCUUUAUUUCUUUGCUCCUGGAUACUUGCAAUCGGACAUAUUGUUGUAGCGUAUAGAAUUAGUUGCAGAGAAACAAGGAAGCUUCUUGUUUACAAGAUUGACAUUGAAGCGGUUUCCUUGUGCAAAAAAGGGUAUCCGAGGUAUCAGAAGAUUCUGCAGGAGGAACGAGUCAAGUGAGAUCAUGACACGAUGAACAUCACCGUGACACUAUCAGCUUCAUCUUUUAUUUCGCCCACCAAGCUGCAGAUUCCAUCCAGGGAAGACGAUCUGCAGCGUGUGAGUGGAGAAGAAGCAGAAUCACUUGUAGAUACAAGUCCACGGAAGAAUUAGACUGAUAGAGUAGCUAUAUGUAAAUGCAUAUACUAGUGACAAGCAAUUUGUACAUGAGUAAAAGAAACAGAGCCAUUGGCAUUGGGAGGACUAGUAUCUAUUGAUCUGUCUUCCAGCUGUACAGAUUUUCUUCUUUUAGUUUUGAUGUAUAUGGUGAAAUUUUUUGUCUAGAAAUAUAAGUUUUCUAUGUAUCUUUAUUCCAAUAUUGGCACAUUGUGGUUUUCAUUGCAA